AACCUCAAGAAACACCCUUUUAAAAUCCCAACCCCUUUAACGUCCACUCCACUUGCGUCUUUUCUUUUCACACCAAACCUACAGUCCCAUCUUCUCUACUCGCGCGCUCUCUCUCUCUCUCUCUCUUCCUCUAGGAAAGCUCCCAUGGCUACAGAAGAAACCCAUAACCCUCCACUAACUCAACCUCCUCCCCUAGCUCCUUCUCUCCCUCAGUACCCCGAGAUGAUUAUGGCUGCCAUCGAGGCUUUGAACGACAAGAAUGGCUCGGACAAGUCGGCUAUAUCCAGUUAUAUUGAGUCGACUUACACGGAUCUACCGGAGGCUCACUCGACCCUGCUCUCGCACCACCUCGACCAGCUGAAACAGAGCGGGCAGCUCGUCCUGGUCCAAAACAACUAUAUGAAGCCCGACCCUAACGCGCUUCCGAGGCGUGGGCGCGGACGCCCACCGAAGCCCAAGGUGACGGUCCCGUCCGGAACCGUGGUCGGAGUCGGGCCGCCCAGACCUCGUGGUCGUCCACCCAAACCAAGAGAUCCUUUCGCACCACCGCCGCCGCCCAAAGCGAAGAAUGCAUCCACAGGAAGUGGCAGGCCUCGUGGCCGUCCUCCCAAGAAGGCCAAAACGGCUCCGGCUCCGGCUACUGGUGGGGCGCCUAGAGGGAGAGGAAGGCCGCCGAAGGUGAAGCCGGCUGUGGCUCCAGUUGGGUGUUGAGAUAGAUGAGAGACAUGAGAGAGAAAGAGUCUUUUUUAUUAGGUGUAUUAGUUCUCUGCUAAUUGAUGUUUUUUAAUUUUUAGCUUUAUCUUUAUGUUUCUCCACUUUUGUUUUUCUUUAUUUAAUCUCUCUCUCUCUGCGACUUUUGUCGGUUCUUCUUUUUUAUAUUUUUGUGUUUAUUUAAGUGGUUGGGGUUGUAACGUCAUAAUUUGGACUGUAAUUGCAUGUAAAUUGUGCAGCGGCUGUUUAGGCUUUGUUUAGAAUCAUCAUUCGACCAAUUCUGAUUACUUUUUCA